GGCUCCGCAGCGCCAGUUGUUAGAGAGAGGAGCAGCUGUGAGGUGGAACCAUGUGUGUGUCGCCAGGUCAGCGCAAGGCGAGAAGUGUCGGCUCCAGGAGGGCGCUGACUGCUGCUGCUGCCAUUGCCGUGGCGCUGCUGUCUCUCUGGCUGUACCAGCCGGAGGAACAGGUUCACGUCCCGGAGUGGAUACGUCGGGGCGAGGGCUCCGGUGGGACUCGAAAUUACCACAAACAACCCGAUGUUCCAGCUCCAAAGGGCGUGCAAGGGAAUCUUGCUGAAGAGCGAAGGCGCCCUCGCCGCCCUGUACGUCAACGAAAACCACCAGCAGGUGUCGGCGGCGACGGACUCUGUGGUGAAGGAGGCUGCCCGGCUGAUUCGGAGGCGGGCAGCGGCGACUCUGGCGGCCCGGGCGCAGCGGCCGGCGCCGCCCUGGUGCUGGGGGUGCAGGCGCUCUGCCUGCUGCUCUGCAAGUGCGCGUCUCGUCGCCACGGCUCAGCCAACACAUCUGCAAGCGGGCACCAGAGGACCCUGGCAGCAGACCUGGGCGCGCUCCUGCGCUCUGGACACUCUGCAGACGUCACCUUCUCAAUAGGGGAGAGCCAGCUGAGGGCACACAGGGCUGUCCUGGUGGCCAGGAGCCCCGUGUUCGCUGCCAUGAUGGCCCACGACUGCCUGGAAGCCAGCAGUGGCCACAUCCCCGUCGCAGACAUCGAAGCGGACGUGCUCUGCCAGCUGCUGACGUUCUUGUACACGGACGAGAUUCAGCUGGACGAUCCCCUGAUGGCCCAGAAACUUCUGGCGGCCGCCGCCAAGUACCAGGUGCCCAUCUUGAAGGAACAGUGUGAGCUCGUCAUCUCCCAAAACCUCUGUGUGAGAAAUGCAGUGGCCUGUGCUGUCCUCGCCAUUGAGCAUUCCUGCUCCCGCCUGGAAGAGUCCGCCGCACACUUCAUCGCUGCCCACUACCGGGAGGUGAUGGCCACAGAGGAGUGGGCCGAGGCUGUCCACAGGUACCCGGACCACGUGGUGGAACUCAGUCGCCUGGUUGCAGCGGCUUCCCUGGAAUCCAGGUAACUUCAGCUGAAGGAUUUUCAUUUCUACGUUCACGGGCCAGUGAACAUCAACGGGACCAUUGUUGUUAUCACCAGUUUCCACCAGGUGUUCCCACCAACAAUAUGGCUGUCAGCCUGCCAACUGGUUUGAUGGACUCACCAUGGCUUCGCCACUGAAUUCAAGCUCUACAUCUCAGAGACGCGCCUGUACUUUUGGCUUAAUGUAUAUAACUGUUUUUGGUGAAUUGUACCGUGCAUGACAUUACAUAUUGUAGCAAGAUCUC